UUGCUAGCCAGCCGGUCGUUUCACAAGAUGGUUGGGGUCAUCCACCGCCGAGUUCGUCACUUUAAGAAUGGCGUGCCACCAGAGGCGCGGGACACGGAGAUUGAGAAGUCUGGUUCUGCUGCAAACUCAUUUUUCCAGUACUUCAAGGAAGAAAUCAAAGACCAGAUGAGAGGUAAACCCCCCAAAAAGUUCUGACUUGAAAUGAGGGGGUAUUCCCACUCUUCCGGCGUCGACGUUUUCCUUGACAUCCAUGAUUUAUGAUACCCAUCAAUUCAUUAUAUGCUUGGUUGCUGUUGUCUGUUUCUCAUCUGACCCUUUUCCCACUACAUCACCAUGUACCCGUAGUACACCGGAUGAAGAUUGGGUUGUAGCUCUUGAGCACCAUGAGCCAUGUCCCUCAUUCCAUCCAAAGACUUCGAUGGCUUCAUCCGCUUUGCCCUACCGCGUUUCUUUGGACUAUUGGGUUGGGCUUUGAAAGUCGAAGCGUACAUAUAUAGUGUUAGGUGCAAGUCAGGCGUAGUCGACAAUCAGCGUUGUUUCUUCCGAUACGGGAAGAUGCAAUCAUAGCCGGCUAUCGCUGGGAAUGGAAAGAUCCAUAGUAUCCAUGUGACGUGUAGAUCGGGAAAACCGGAUGGCAGGAUCUGUAUGUUUCAUACCCACUCUCAGGGACGCCGGCACGAGUUUGCACCACUG